UGUACAUUACUGCGUUGCAGAUGGGCAAGGUCUGUGCCGUUUUUGGAGGAUCCCGGGGGAUAGGCAAAGCUGUGGCAGAGCUCCUGGCACAGAGGGGCUGCCGCCUGGCCAUCAUUGCUAGGAAUCUGGACGUGGCCCAGAGCACUGCCCGUAGCCUUGGUGCAGGGCAUCUAGCACUUAGCUGUGAUGUAUCCAGUGAACAAGAAGUCCAAAAGACUUUUGAGGAGAUGCAGAGGAAUUUGGGUCCUAUUAACUACUUGGUUAAUGCAGCUGGGAUCAACAGGGAUGGUUUAUUACUGAGAACCAAGGCUGAAGAUAUGAUAGCCCAGAUGCACACUAAUCUUUUGGGAACAAUGUUGACAUGCAAAGCUGCUGUAAAGGUCAUGAUUCAACAGAAGGGAGGUGCUAUUGUCAAUAUAGGGAGUAUUGUAGGACUUAAAGGCAACUCUGGUCAAAGUGUGUAUAGUGCUACCAAAGCAGGAUUAGUUGGAUUUUCACGCUCUCUUGCUAAAGAAGUAGCAAAAAAGCAAAUUCGAGUCAACGUUGUUGCUCCAGGCUUUAUUCACACAGAGAUGACAGCUCAUUUGGAAGAAGAUCAGUUGAAGAAAGCAAUUCUCCUUGGAAGAUUUGGAGAGCCUCAUGAAGUUGCACAAGCUGUUGUCUUUCUUCUAGAAUCCACAUAUGUUACAGGGAGUGUUCUGGUUGUAGAUGGAGGCUUGCAACUUAUGACCUAAGUACUGCCUUGAAUAAAUGAAUGCUUUAAUGUCAUGAUGGUAAUAUAUAAAUUUGUACUAAAUAAAGGGAGAGGGUUGGAAAUUGUUGGAAGAUUGAUGUACAUAAUUGAUUUGGUCUUACUUAGAGGAAAGAUUCAGCAGCAGUGAAGUGCAAUGUGUGUGUUUAACUGCCUGAAAGAGUCUGUUUGGUAUUACAAAGUCUUUGUAUGAAACAAUUUGAAAAAGAUCUGGUUUUGAUACGGUGAUAGCUUUAAUAAUGUGCUG